AUGGCGUCCCCGGCGCUGGCGGCGGCGCUGGCGGCGGCGGCGGCGGCGGCGGGCCCCAACGCGAGCGGCGCCGGCGAGGGGGGCAGCGGCGGGGACGCCAACGCCUCGGGCGCCGCUCCGGGGGCCGCCUGGGGGCCGCCCCCGGGCCAGUACUCGGCGGGCGCCGUGGCGGGGCUGGCUGCUGUGGUGGGCUUCCUCAUCGUCUUCACCGUGGUGGGCAACGUGCUGGUGGUGAUCGCCGUGCUGACCAGUCGGGCGCUGCGUGCGCCACAGAACCUCUUCCUGGUGUCGCUGGCCUCGGCCGACAUCCUGGUGGCCACGCUGGUCAUGCCUUUCUCACUGGCCAACGAGCUCAUGGCCUACUGGUACUUCGGGCAAGUGUGGUGCGGCGUGUACCUGGCACUGGACGUGCUCUUCUGCACCUCGUCCAUCGUGCACCUGUGCGCCAUCAGCCUGGACCGCUACUGGUCGGUGACGCAGGCCGUCGAGUACAACCUGAAGCGCACACCGCGCCGCGUCAAGGCGACCAUCGUGGCCGUGUGGCUCAUCUCGGCCGUCAUCUCCUUCCCACCGCUCGUCUCGCUCUACCGCCAGCCCGACAGUGCCGCCUACCCGCAGUGCGGCCUCAACGACGAGACAUGGUACAUCCUGUCGUCCUGCAUCGGCUCCUUCUUCGCGCCCUGCCUCAUCAUGGGCCUGGUCUACGCGCGCAUCUACCGCGUGGCCAAGCUGCGCACGCGCACGCUCAGCGAGAAGCGCGCGCCCACGGGCCCCGACGGGGCGUCCCCAACCACUGAGAAUGGGCUGGGUGCUGCGGCGGGCGCGGGCGAGAACGGGCACUGCGCGCCCCCGCGCCGCCCGUGCGCGGACGUGGAUCCGGAGGACAGCAGCGCGGCGGCGGAGCGGCGGCGGCGCCGGGGUGCGCUGCGGCGGGGCGGGCGGCGGCGCGCUGCCGGGGAAGGGGGCGCGGGCGGCGCCGACGUGGCGGCGCCGGGGCCAGGGGCGAGCGAUUCGGGCGCGCUGGCUGCCGCUAGGUCCCCGGGUCCCGGCGGGCGCCUCUCGCGCGCCAGCUCUCGCUCCGUCGAGUUCUUUUUGUCGCGCCGCCGCCGGGCGCGCAGCAGCGUGUGCCGCCGCAAGGUGGCCCAGGCGCGCGAGAAACGCUUCACCUUCGUGCUGGCGGUGGUCAUGGGCGUGUUCGUGCUCUGCUGGUUCCCCUUCUUCUUCAGCUACAGCCUGUACGGCAUAUGCCGCGAGGCCUGCCAGGUGCCCGACCCGCUCUUCAAGUUCUUUUUCUGGAUCGGCUACUGCAACAGCUCACUCAACCCGGUCAUCUACACCGUCUUUAACCAGGACUUCCGCCGUUCCUUUAAGCACAUCCUCUUCCGACGGAGGAGAAGGGGCUUCAGGCAGUGAGCCCCGCGCCCGGCCCCGAGCAGACCCUGGACAGCUCCAGGCGGUGCCUUGGGAAGGCAUACCCCCACGCCACCCCAAACCCGCCAGGAGAAAGCGGGGGCAGCAGCUUCCUCCCGACCCAGGGAUGGAUUGACCUCUGGGACAUAGGGGAGGGUACCACAGGGCAGGAGUGUGGGCUAAGGGACGGCAGGGACCCCGGGGAGGGGGGGAGGAGAGAGGGGCAACCCCUCUGCCUUUCCAUCUCAGCAAAGGGCUGCUUUUGGGCCUUCGACCCGGAUCUGGCCCUGGGGGCCCUGCAGAGGUGCGGCUGUGAGGUCAGAGUCUCAGACAGCAGAAGUGAAUGCAACCUCCCUAAGGGGCAAGAAAGGAGCCCGCCCCCCCCAACACACACCGCUACCCAGAUCCACCUCUGAGCAAGGGCUGACUUCCCCAGGACCGUGGGGGCGGCUGUCUUGGGGGAGGAAAGAGGCAGUGACAAUCUUUGGUUAUUGAAAGUAUUUAAAUGUUUGCCAAAAACGACAGCCAAAACAACCAAACUAUUUUCUAAAUAAACCUUUGUAAUCUAA